AUGGCUGUGAACGUGUUCUCCACCUCCGUGACCACUGAAAACCUGAGCCGCCAUGACAUGCUGGAGUGGAUCAACAUGUCUCUGCAAAUGAACUUAACCAAUAUAGAACAGCUGUGCACAGGUGCUGUCUAUUGCCAAUUCGUGGACAUGCUGUUCGAGAACUGUAUAGCUUUGAAAAAAGUCAACUUCACCACCAAACUGGAGCACGAGAGCAUCCAGAACUUCAAGCUUUUGCAAGCUGCCUUUAAAAAGUGCGGGAUAGACAAGAACAUCCCGGUGGACAAACUGGUGAAGGGCAAGUUCCAGGACAACUUUGAGUUUGUGCAAUGGUUCAAGAAGUUCUUCGAUGCCAACUACGGUGGACAAGAAUACGACGCCGUUGCUGCACGCCGAGGCCAGAAUCUAGGUGCUCCCAAACUGCCUGUUGCCAAAGGAGCCUCCAAAAAGCCGGGGUCCAGAAAACCAACGGCAGAAUCACAAGAACAGCAGGAAUUACUGGCUGAGAUUAGUCAGUUCAAAGCCGACAUCCCCUUCUUGGAGAUGGAGAUAAAUUUUUACUUUAAUAAACUGAAAACCAUCGAGACUCUGUGUAAGGAGCACGGGGAGGACGACCCCGUGCUGACGAACAUCAUCGAUGUCCUCUACAAAACAGAGGAGGGCUUUAUCAUACCUGGAGCCGACGGGCAGGAAGAGCCAGAGCCGGAGAAGAUCUUUGGCUUCCACAAACACUACAGCAACGUAAGGACCAUGAACCAGCAGCAGAGGCAGAAGGUCCUGGGCAAAGCCUGGUGUGUGCCCCUUAUCUGCUACUCCACCAAAAUAUGA